GGAGCCAACUAUUGGUAAUUCAAAUUUGACACAGUCUGAUCUUAAUCGAUUGCUUGAUUUAGACGAGAAAAGCUAUCGGCUUGAUGGUUCAGAUGAUUAUGAAACUCCUCGCAUGUCGAGAUUGCCUUUGAAUUAUUAUAGACGUAAGUGGGCAUUUGAAAAAGCACGUAAAGCUGGUUUACUUUACUACAUAUAUUUCUGUGCAUGUGACUUUGUGAGUGAGCUGAUCCCAAAGUCUCUGGCAAUGAUUUUUAAUAUUAUUAUGGGUAUUUUACGUUUCAUUAUCAGUUGUUUGUGGUAUGUUGUUAAUAAAAUAUUCCCAAAUCCGGAACACUUUACAGUUAUGCAGAGAAAGCAGUUGGAACCAGCAUCUUAUCUUGAAGAACACCAAUACAGUGCAGAAGAGCACGAGAAAUUAUUGAGGGUUGGCUUUUACCGAUUUUUUCUCACUAAUUUAAGGCAAUGUAGUACGGUUCUUGAUAGUUGUGCUAGUUGUCCUAAACCAUCCCGAACGUCAAACCGAGAGACAGUACGGAAUAGUCAAGCGACAUCAUCUAAUUCUUUGGUUAAUAAGUUAGGACGAUCAUUCGCCAACAUGAUAACAUUUGGCUACUUUUCUAAAGAUAACGUCCAACACGAUAUAACUCGUAAUGUACGACGACGUGUAAGGACUAGCAGUUACGAAUACUCGGAAGAUCGUGGACUAGAAAUUAACAAUCAAUCAGUUCGUGCUACGAAACCAUCCAAAGGAUUAGUGGAAUCAUUCUUCUUCAAAUUAUUUUACCUUACUUUCAUAGCAGCACUGUCGCCAGUAAAAACUUGCGAAUUUACCAUUGGGAAAAUUGCAUGGCUUUUUCGUGGUUUUAGUCAUUCAACCUAUGAUCUACGCAGUCGUACCGUGUACAAGAAUCUAUCACCCGAAAAAACAUUGCCAUAUACUAAUCGUUUUGCGAACUUCUUGUCUAAAAUUGCAACAUCGUGUUUUCUCACUUUUUUGUCUCCGAUAAAAAAAAUAGUUUCCCUACCAUUCAUUAUAUUCUCCUAUGUUAUUGGUCAAUUUCUUGGUUCAAAUCGAUCGGAACAAUCCUUGCAACAACAGGCUAUGAGGACGUCAGAACGGCAUGAAAAAAAAGAACGGAAUUCUUUUAUCUUUCAAAUCUUUUAUUUUCUGAUCGAUCUUUUAUGCUCAUGCGCUGCUGGUUUCAUUUUCAUCCUCGUCUUCGUACAAUCAGUGCCAUUCUAUAUCGCCGAGAGUAUUCGGGAGCGCGCAGCUUAUGCGUUGGCUUAUAUGUUUGGGCCGAAAAGCGCAUUGUUAGUCGGUUAUGAAGAAGUAAGACAAGUUAAAAGAAAAGGAUUAACCACUGACCUAAAGUCUCCAGCUGCUAAAAACCAACAAAAAAUGAUUCAUACAACAGCUCAUGAUAGAAGCCAGCUUUUUCCUACUCAGAAUUCGGUAAAGUGCUCUUCGGUAUUCUGGAGAUGGCUAUUUCCUUUGAUAAUCUUGUUGUUACUGCUUAUUACGUCUUAUAAACGACAUGAUAACCGAGAUGAUGUAGUGACGGAAGCAUUUGACAAAAUCCAACAAAAACUUUUCCAUGUAUCAGAAUGGAAGCAGUAUAUAGGGCGUGGUCUAAAUUUCGUGCUCAGAAAUAUUUUAUAUUUGAUAUCUGUUAUCCUCCGCUUCUUAUAUGAUCUCAUAUUAUAUCCUGCAAAAUUGUAUGGCGCCAUGACAUAUCCUCGGGAAACUAUCGAACAAAUGGUUCAAUUACCAAAAUAUGUUUACAUUGCUGGGGAGUUGGCAAUCAUCCAUUUCUUCGAAAGUGUUAGAGUAUUAGGCUCCAGAAUGUGUGUCAUGAUCCGGCAAGUGUCCAUUAUUUCGGAAUGGAUUAGAACUGAUAAUAUUUCUGAAAAUGUUGUGGACAUGUUUUUGUACGUACGAAAUUUGAUAAGCUCUGCGGUACAAUAUUUGUUAGCGCUGCUAUCAUACUUCAUUUCGAUAGCAGCUCAGCUUAUUCCAGUUGUGAAUCGAAAGACGAUAAAUAUAAUUCGUUCAAACAGCUUCAACCAGCAGCAGACUGAAUGGAGUUUAGAACAUUUAAGAUAUGAAAAGGAAUCGUUGGAAUCGGAAGUGUUACAUUUACAUCGUGAACGAGAACUAGAAGAAGAUCGUUACAAAAAUAUAAAUAAAGCAUUACGAAUAGUUGAAAAAAGUGCUUCUCCGAAAUCUACAGAUAAGCAAUUAAAAAAAUCAUCAUUAAACAAUGAUGAAUUGUUCCAGUACACAAAUGAUGAAAAUUUUUUAAAUUACAUGGCUAACUUGAGAAAAAUGGACGAUGAAGAAUUGAAAAAGCGUUUAUUUGCCAUUGAGAAGCGUUUGAUGGAACGAUUGGAUACUCUGUCAGAAAAGAUCGAGAAAGAAAUUGCGCAGAAGAUUGUUCGCACCGAAAAAUCUGAUGUGGUGCGAUCAGCUUUGUCCAAUGUUGGUGAACUAUCGGAGCUUUCAUCUUCAGUUGGAAAUUUGCGCACUCAAUUUGAACAACUUCGUCAGGAAAAAGAAGCCAAUAUUGCACAAUUCGCUCAUUCAAUAGUAACCCGUGACAUAAAACGGAGUGAUGAUUUGAACGCACUGAAAACUGAACUAAAUAAGAAGGUUAAGGAUGACCUUGAUAAGGUUAGCGUUACCAGUGUCAUUGAGGAACUUUCAUUCAGUUUAAAUCGUUUCGAAAAGGCAUCGCUUGAGGAACGAGAGGCAUUUCGUUUGGAAAUUAUGAAAGCAGUGGAGAAUCGAGUCGUUGCCCUUUUUGCAAGCUACAUAGCUGAAAAAACUGAUACCGUUUCCGAAACUAGAUUAAGUUCUGUUCUCGGAUUGUCAGAAUCCGAUUUUAUAAUGAUUAAAAAGAUGAUAACUGAUGCGUUGGAUAUGUAUGAUGCGGAUAAGACGGGUAAAGUAGAUUAUGCACUGGAAAGUUCAGGGGCAUCUGUUAUAAGUACGCGCUGUACCGAGCCAUACAAGGAAAAUUCACGACUUGAGUCAAUUUUUGGAAUUCCACUUUGGUACUCCUCAUAUUCACCAAGAGCUGUUAUUCAGCAUCGUCCAUUGGCAGCUGGUGAAUGCUGGGCUUUUCGUGGUAAGGGUUAUCUAACGAUAAGGUUAUCGCAUCCGAUUUAUGUCACAGAAGUUAGCUACGAACAUUUACAUUCAACAUUGCAUCCAGAUGGAGUUUUGAAAAGUGCACCCAAACUUUUCCAAGUUUAUUCUUACAAAGCAGUUGAUGAUCUCAAAUCAAAGUCCUUAAUUGGACAAUAUGAAUAUGAUAUUAAGGGCAGAGCACUGCAGACAUUUCGUGCACAGAACGAGCUUAAUACGUCAGUAUCAAUAGUCGAAUUGGUGGUGCAGUCAAACUGGGGUUCAAACUACACAUGUUUGUAUCGUUUUCGUGUGCAUGGGCAAAAGGCGUAA